GGAGUGGCGUACCCUGGAGAGCUGCUGGCCAUCAUGGGGGCCAGUGGCGCCGGGAAGACGACGCUCCUGAACACGCUGAUGUUCCGCUCGUCGCCUAGUCUGCAGGUCAGCGGACGGCGGACUCUGAACGGCGUGCCAGUGAGUUCCAGCACUCUGGCCGGUCUGUCGGCCUACGUGCAACAACACGACCUCUUCAUUGGGACGCUAACAGUACGAGAGCAUCUCAUCUUCCAGGCUCUAGUGAGAAUGGACAAAAACAUUCCAUACAGAAGGAGAAUAUCUCGGGUUGAUGAAGUUAUUUCAGAGGUAAGAUGUCAUACAUUGUAAAGGUUAAAGGUAAAACUGUCCCGGUGUCUAAGUACCAUACCGUGAAACUGUGCAGAAGGCGUCGACUGAAGACCCAUAAAAUGUUAGAGCGUCUGGCGGCCUCUUAAGAAGGACUCGGCUCUAUGGAUUUCAGUUCAAUACUUGAUAUUGCAGUGAUAGUAAAAUCUUGGAGAAAGGGGCUUGCAGUUAGGACCGGGUGACAAGAAGUGUAGACUCAAUUUUGGUGAGUAAAUAUCUUGAGAAAGAACCAUUUAGAAGACCGAGAAGGACAUGAGAGGAUAACAUUAAGAUAAUCUUAAGGAAAUGAAUUGUAUCGGUGUGAG